AUGCUUUCGCAAACAGUCAUCAGCACCCUCAUGGGGCUUGCCAGGAGAGAGGAGGAAGACCCCGGCGACGACGCCCCGAAGCAGGAGAAUAAUUCAUCAUGGGCCAUUUUCAUCGUCAUCAUGCUGCUCAUCGUGGCCUUCUGCACCAGCUACACCAUGCAGCAGAGGAAGAUCACGGCCAUACACGAAACCGUCGUCUCCAUCUUUGGCGGCAUGACCGUCGGCCUGAUCUUGCGUAUCGCCGGCUUCGACUCGAUCCGUGAUCUUCUCAACUUCAACUACCAGUACUUUUUCAACCUGCUUCUUCCGCCCAUCAUCCUCUCGUCUGGCUACGAGCUCCAUCAGGCCAAUUUCUUCCGAAAUAUCGGCACCAUCCUAACCUUUGCUUUCGCCGGAACCUUCAUUUCGGCCGUGGUUAUCGGCGUGCUCCUGUGGCUCUACACGUCCAUCUCGCUUGAAGGUCUGGAUGUGUCGUGGGUCGACGCCAUCUCGGUUGGAGCAACCCUGUCGGCCACGGACCCCGUCACCAUCCUAGCUAUCUUCAACGCCUUCAAGGUCGAUCCGAAGCUAUACACCAUCAUUUUUGGCGAGUCCAUCUUAAACGAUGCCGUCGCCAUUGUCAUUUUCGAGUCGGCCCAGAGCGCAGGCACCAAGGGUGGGGGGAUCGGCAUAUGGAGCGUUCUCCACGGCAUUUGGUACUUCUUGUCCGAAUUCUUUGGCAGCUUGGCCAUCGGCGCCCUGAUAGGCGUCUUGACCGCGCUUGGGUUGAAAUAUACCUAUGUCCGUCGGUACCCCCACAUUGAGAGCUCCCUGGUGGUGCUGGUCGCAUACGCAACCUACUUUUUCGCUCAAGCCAUUGGCAUGUCCGGCAUCGUCGCCUUGCUCUUCUGCGGAAUUACGCUCAAACACUACGCCUACUUCAACAUGUCUCGUCGCACCCAACUUACCACGAAGUACUUCUUCCAGGUCACCGCCCAGCUCUCCGAGAAUUUUAUCUUUAUCUACCUCGGGUUGGCCCUCUUUACCGAGAAGAAUCUCGUUUACCAGCCCCUCCUGAUCAUCGUCACCGUCCUCUCUGUCUGCGCGGCGCGCUGGCUCGCCGUCUUCCCCCUUUCCAAAGCCAUUAAUUGGUUCAUCCGAUACCGCGCCCGCCGCCAGGGCCGCGAAGUCGCCGACGAGCUGCCGUACAGCUACCAGGCGAUGCUCUUCUGGGCGGGGCUGCGGGGCGCCGUCGGCGUCGCUCUGUCAGCGCUUUUUACCGCCAAGGAGACCCAGGCCCUGCAGGCCACCGUGCUGGUCGUCGUGGUCCUGACCGUCAUCAUCUUCGGCGGCACCACAGCCCGCAUGCUGGAGAUUCUCGGCAUCCGCACCGGCGUGACCGAAGAGAUGGACUCGGACGACGAGUUCGACAUCGAAGCCGUCGGCGGCGGCCUGUACAAGCGCGCCGACACCGCCAUCGGGUUCAACCCCCGCGCUCGCAACCGCGGAUCGGCCGUGCCGCUAGGCGACGUCGGAACCAGCGCCGGCAGCGGGAGCAGGGAAGAGAACGGCGGGUGGGCGUCAGGGCACAGGUCACCCAACACGGCGCCGCUUGUGCGCCAGGGUAGUAGCAGCCGGAGCCGGAACAAGAGCCAGAAGGCGAGCGGCAACGGGGAUGAGUACGAGCGGUCCGAGUUGCUGGGCGCGGCCUCUCCGGGUCGGGACACCGACUCGGAGUUUGGCAGCGACAUCGACAUCUCGGACCUGCCGCCGGCGGCGCCUGUGUCCAGGAGCCGGUCCCCGAUGCUCGCCCCUACCAACGGUGCCGGCGGUGAGGGUGGUGCUGGCCCGAGCAGACAGAGUGGGGGGGCCGGCGAAGGAGGGAGCGGCGCUGGUCAGCAGCAGCAGCCUCUCACGGCUACGGCCGCGAUUCGGCAGCUGUUCAGCACCGAGGAUCCGUCGGCGUUGUUUCGCCAGCUGGAUGAGGAUUAUAUCAAGCCGCAUUUGUUGUUGGACGGGGGUAGUGGUAGGACUGGGGGGAGUGGGUCGCAUUGA